AUGUCUUUCGGAGGCCAGACUCCCACCAUUAUCGUCCUCAAGGAGGGCACCGACACUUCCCAGGGCAAGGGACAGGUCGUCUCCAACAUCAAUGCCUGUCUCGCAGUCCAGGCCACGAUAAAGUCGACCCUCGGUCCUUACGGCGGUGAUCUGCUCAUGGUCGAUGAGAAUGGCAAGCAGACCAUUACCAACGAUGGCGCCACUGUCAUGAAGCUCCUCGAUAUUGUUCACCCCGCCGCCCGCAUCCUCGUCGACAUUGCACGAUCGCAAGACGCCGAAGUUGGCGACGGUACGACCUCGGUCGUCGUCUUUGCCGGCGAGAUCCUUAAAGAGGUCAAGGAACACGUGGAACAGGGUGUCAGCUCACAGAUCAUCAUCAAGGGUCUGCGGAGAGCCUCUAAGCUGGCCGUCAACAAGAUCAAGGAGAUUGCUAUCGCCACCGACGAUACCAACCAGCGCGAUACCCUCAACAAGCUGGCCGGCACCGCCAUGACCAGCAAGCUCAUCAAGCGCAACACUGAGUUCUUCACAAAGAUGGUGGUCGACGCCGUCCUCUCUCUCGACCAAGACGAUCUGAACCACAAGUUGAUUGGCAUCAAGAAGAUUCCCGGCGGCUCACUCACCGAGUCUCGCUUCGUCAACGGUGUCGCCUUCAAAAAGACCUUCUCGUACGCCGGUUUCGAGCAGCAGCCCAAGGCUUUCAAGAAGCCCAAGAUUGUCUGCCUGAACGUUGAGCUGGAGCUCAAGGCCGAAAAGGACAAUGCCGAAGUCCGCGUUGAGCAGGUCUCCGACUACCAGGCUAUUGUCGACGCCGAAUGGCAAAUCAUCUACAAGAAGCUCGAGGCGAUUGCCGCCACCGGCGCCAAGGUUGUCCUCUCCAAACUUCCCAUUGGCGAUCUCGCCACCCAGUACUUUGCCGACCGCGACAUCUUCUGCGCUGGCCGUGUUACCUCUGAGGAUAUGGAGCGCGUCGUCCAGGCCACCGGUGCUGUCAUUCAGUCCACCUGCUCCGAUAUCCUGCACGAGCACCUCGGCACCUGCGGCAUCUUUGAGGAGCGCCAGAUUGGUGGCGAGCGAUUCAACUUUUUCGAGGAGUGCCCCGAGGCCAAGACCUGCACGCUGGUGCUGCGCGGUGGCGCUGAGCAGUUUAUCGCCGAGGUUGAGCGUUCGCUGCACGACGCCAUCAUGAUUGUCAAGCGUGCCAUCAAGAACCGCAUGGUGGUUGGCGGUGGCGGUGCCGUCGAGAUGGAGGUCUCUGCCUAUCUGCAUCAGUACGCCGACAAGAACAUCCAGCACAAGGAGCAGGCCAUCAUCAAGGCCUUUGCCAAGGCUCUCGAGGUGAUUCCCCGCCAGCUGUGCGACAAUGCUGGCUUCGACGCCACCGACAUCCUCAACAAGCUGCGCGUGGAGCACCGCAAGGGCGCAACAUGGGCCGGUGUUGAUUUCCAGAAUGAGGGCAUCACCGACAUGGUUGAGCGCUUCGUCUGGGAGCCUGCUCUGGUCAAGAUCAACGCCCUCCAGGCCGCCACCGAGGCCAGCUGCCUGAUCCUCGGCGUUGACGAGACCAUCAGAAACGAGGAGAGCGCGCAGCCACAGGCCCCCGGUCAGCUGCCUCCCGGUACGGCUCAGCGCGCUUUGAGAGGACGUGGACGCGGCAUGCCCCGCAGGUAA